GUCACAAAAACAUACAUCAAAACAAACAACAGCAGGAGAGUGAGAAAUUCCAUAAAAACAACAAGUAAAAUGUCUGUGGAGUCUGGUGAAAAUCUUUCAACUAAAUUGGACGGCCUAACGUUGAACGAAGAGGGAAUUUCGGUGAAAAUAAAAAGGCCAAAGCGGACGCUUCAUUUUAGCGAUGGAGUGAUCGAAGAAUACAGCACCGACGAUGACGAAAAAGAUGCAAAAGAUGAAGACGUUGUCGACAAUGACGACUUAAACAAAGUCGUCGAUGAGAGUCAGCUAAACUGGGGACCGUGGCUAUCGCUCAAGGCAUGGAAGACGGGCAAUUCGGUUUUGGCUGGUUGUGAUUACGUCGGUGAAACAUUGGCCUCGUUUCUGGGCAUAACGUCGCACAAGUACAGCUACGAAAUCGAACAGUUCAAGAAAAUGCAACAACGCGAGGCCGAGCAGGCGCGUGAGGAUAAGGAAGCGGGCACUUUUAUGGAAAAGACCAAUUUGAAUGAUGCAGAGUGCAUCACUGAACAGGAGCAAAUCAAAAAGUAUUAAACGAUGGACGGGACGUUGAGGCUAGUCAACGAUGAAGUGGGCGCGUAGAUCUACCAGAGAAUAUUUAUUUUACAGAUGGAAUUGUGGUGCUACCGUUAUUGGUGCAUCCAUAUCCGAUAUAUUUAUACGAACUAUACGCAGCCGGUCGAUGGCAUGAUUUGAACAAAUUUAUUUAUUUUAGCAUUGUGGUCACAACCCAAGGUGUAUUAGCCACUGAAGGUAAUGCAAAUCUUCACAAAAACAGACGAAACCCUGAACCCAAGUUUCGGGUUAAUUCGGGUACAGCUCCAAGCUCACCCCUUGUAGCACUUACGAUUUCAAUAGAAUUUUUGCAGUGGUGAAAUACUCUUCCAUCAUAUCAUAUUCACCACAUUCCAUCGAUUCUAACGUUAGCGCUACACCAAACUAAAUAUGUCGCUGCACUUAGGCCGAACCAUUUUGCGUUGUUGAGAUUGACAAUUAUGCAGCGUUUUCCAUUGUUUCUUCUCUGACUACAGUGGAAUACGCAACAUGAUUGUCGAUGUCGAUCCUAUCAACGCAAAAUUGUUCGUCUGUGUAUUCGGCUCUGAAAUUCUUUGUGAUCCGCUGAAGAUUUGCAUUACCUUCAGUGUUUAUAUACUUCGGACACAACGGCUUUUAUAACCGGUGGUGCCUUUCAAAGUGUAACUUUAACUAAGUGGAUCAGAUUAAAGAUUAA